CCUCUCCGUAUUUUCCUGUCAUUAAUUUGUCAAAAUUGUUGUUUGACUCUUUUGAUUUUUGGAAAAGGAUUAAAAUUGUGUGUAAAAAUGGCUUAUGUACCCAGUAACCCCAAUGGAAUAUGUCUGGGAAUGGAUAUAAGUGUUGGAGCUUUUCAGUCUGAUGAGAAGAGGGAAGGCAAGAAGGGAGCCAAAUUCGUAGACGGUUUUUCACUUGGAACAGAAUUUUUUCAUGGCAUUCUCCCACAAUGGAAAUUUCUCGAGGAGAAAUAUUUCGAAAAGUGGGGAAAGAAACAAAUAGAACACAAGCAGAGGUUGAAGGCAAUUACUAAGAAGAGACUAAAAGACACAGCGGAACAGCAAAAAUACUCACAUAAUGUACUACUGUGCUUGACUGGACCUGAAUGGUAUCAGGAGUUGUCACCUCAGCAGAAACAAGUGAUUGACAAUUUGAAAACGGCAAUCAAGAAAGAUUUGGAUAGUCAUCUCACCAAAGCAACACAUUCCAGUCUUUCACUUCUGGGAAUGAGGCCCUUGCCCAACGACAGUCAGCUUUGGAGAGCACUAACGAAAAGUUUCGGAUGUCCAGUGGAGUUUCUUAUGGUACUGUAUCAGCUCAUAAAACCUCAACGAAUGUGUUAUUCCAUCAAUGAUAGACUCAUUCUCUCCGGAGUGGCGCAUUUAUGUCUGCGAGACACUUUGAGGGAGAUGCACGUCCGCUCUCCGUCGCCACCUAGAAAAGAAAAAAAACCGGCACCUCGGAAACCGAAGCCCAAAAAGAAAAAAUACGGGAGUGUCUACUUGGUACCGUUCACUUUCGAAUGGCCGCAAAGAAGAUCUGAUAAAUACAAGAAUCCAGUAAUUCAGCGACCAACAUCUCCCUAUUUCUCCUAUAUCUGCGAUUUCGAGCCUGUACGUCUGAGAACAUACGAUGACCUGCAUCAAGAUGAUAGACUCGAUGAGGAUAUCAAAAUCCCUUGCGAUGUCUUCGAAGAUCAUCUCGUGGCAGAAGAAUACUACAACUUGUUAUUCAAACGAUCAGAUUCCUGUAAAUACAUUAUAUUACGUCCAAGAAUAUACGAGAGUUCCACACCCAAAACCUACCCUGGCAUAUUACCAAAAUUCAUGAUACCGAAGAAAUAUCCACCACCAAUCAAGCUCAUUCUUGACGUCAAGAUUUACGAUGAGAUAAACAUGAAGAAUCAAAAGAAGCGAAAAGUUAUAAGAACCAUUUGCGAGGUUAGAAUGAAACCUGGAGGCAGAUCGGGUCAAUCGACUGGUCAAAAUCUGAUCGCAAAAUACGUUUACAUAAUGAACAUUGGGGAAUACAUAAAAAAGAUUGCAGAUUCGCAAGUUGAUGAAGAAUUCGCUGAGCAAGAAGGAGGAGAUUACCCUUGCUCCAUUUGUGGUGGACCUGAUGGAAAAAAAGUCAUGCCCGAAAUUAAACCCAUCAAAGAAAAGAGCUGGAUUAAAAGACCUAAACCGAAGAAGAAACCUCAAGAGAUAAUCUAUACAAAUUUAUCGGACUUUAUGGAGAUGGAUAAGAAAAAGAUAGAAACCGUUGACGAGGAAACCAAAAAACUUAUCGAGGAGAAUAAAAAAUACGUCGAAAGAUGGAAUACUAUGUUCGACAACAUUGCCCGUAUGGAAAAACUGAAACUGGACACAGGCACAUGCGUGUGCCCAGGAAAAACUAAAGAUAAAUCGAAGUUCGACCCUGAAAUUGAUUGUACUUGUGCAAUAUGGAACAUCCCGACUCCUCCAAAGCCUAUACCGCCAAAAAUAUCGUGCGAGUGCAACCCGAAACUAGAAGAGGAAUAUAUUCCUGUAGUCCCCAAGGAAGAUAAAUGCGACUGCAAACAGAAAGCUCGAGAAAAGGCAUUGGAAAAAUGCGAGAAAUGCGGAAAACCCACUGAGAAAACAGAAGAAGAGCUGGCAGAGCGUGGAGUAUGCGAAUGUACCAGAAUCUUAGACGCUUGUGGUAAUUGCGUGAAAGAACCUCCGAUAAAAUAUCCCUUGCUGGAAGGAGAGACUAAAAAAGAAUGCGAAUGUAAAGCGAAACCUCCAGAGGAAGGCAAAGAGGUUACAGUUGCUUAUGUUUUUAUUGAAAAUAAGAUGCAAAAAGAAUCUUCUGUUGAUGAUGAGAAGGAAGACUGUGGUUGUAGACACCCAAAACAUUUUUACGAAGAGAAAAGUUGUUCUUGCAAAGCGGAAAGAGAAGCUCAAAAGAAAAAGAAAGAGGACAAAAAAAAAGAAAAAGCUAAAAAGAAUGAAACCGAUAAGAAGACCGUUGAGGAUAAAAAGGAAAAAGAAACAAAAGAGAAAGAUACAAAAGAGAAAGAUAAAAAAGAAAAAGAUACAAAAGGAAAAGAGGCAAAAGUUGAAGAUAAAACGAAGCAAAAGAACGAAACAAAACAAGAUGAUAAAGAGGCAAAGACUAAGGGAAAAAAGGAUGAUAAAAAAACAAAGCAAAAGAUUGAAGCCAAGCCUAGUAUUAAAGAGAUCAAGUGCUUGGUAGAAUGUGGAAAAAUUUUAGAAUUAGAUCAUUGUCGAAGAGAAACUGAAAAACUACUCAAUCUACUAAAAUGCAGUUGUCCUAAAUGCAAGGACCUUCGGAGGAAAUAUAGAGCUAGAUACGUUCAAGCAGGGACCAGAGACGGUUGUGGGGGAAUAUUACCAGUAAUUGGAGGAGUAUACGGACAAGAAAAAGAAUGCGAAUGCUUAGAAAAAUUCGAGAAACGAGUUAAAGGAGUGAAUGAAUACAAAGAAAGAUUGAAGGCGAAGGUGGAGUUGAAAUCUCAGAAAGAUCAGUAUGUCAUAAGCGGCGUGCAUCAAACGCACAAAGGACCGAUAUAUAACCUCACCGGUGUGAUACCGAAGAGUCCGUGUACAUGUGAAGCGAGCGAAGAUAUUCUUGCAGAAAAACAGGAAGAUGAAAAGUUAACGACUACUCUCAAACCAGGCUUCAAACACGUCAUUCAUGGAGUGAAAGGAGGUUCGGGAAGCCAUAAAUAUAUAAUCGGUAGCGCCGUUAAAGAAUGCGGAUGUUCUCAAGUUUAUGAAAAAUUUAUGAAAGAACAUAACGAGUGCUUGGUGAAUUACGAGAGGUAUCUGAACUACAUGAGGAAAGAGAUCCAGGCGUACAUGGAGGACAUGAAUGAAAGGUACAAGGAUCCACCUCUGACUGCCCAGAAAUUGAUAGAAAACGAAAUCAAAAAGAUGACGGGAGCUCCGGGGUUACCUUUGCCAGAAGGAAAAUCUGAGUUCUUAAUCACUGGCGUACAGGCCAAUCAACUGGGCAAGUCUUUCAUACUUGGCGGUAUGCUUCUGAAUGGCAAAGAAAGCGAUGAAUGCACAAUAGCGGUGGAGAGCUACACCAAUCUGCCAGACAGAAAAGAGGAUGACAUGACCAAAUGUCAGAGAAAUUUCCUCUGCAACUACAUGACCUUUGGCAAGAAUUGUGGCAAUCCAUUCAAACCUACCAAGGAGAUUGACAUCACAAGCAGCGAAGAAAUAGUUUGUCAGUGCAUUUCAUAUGAGUCGUUGAACAGCAAGAAAUCCAAAGAAUCUGUAGAAGAGGAGGAAGUCCCAGACACAUGCGCGUGCGAAUGCCCCUGCGGGAUUGAAAAAGUCAAACCGGAGGAUUGCACGUGCGCAGUAGCCGAGGAAGAGAGUGAAGAAUCUUGCUUUUGCGCUGAACUGGAAGGCGAAGAGGAGGAGGAGGAAGAAGAAGAAAUAAAAACGCCAGAUGGCUGCACUUGCGGUUACGUCGAACCUCCAAGUUCCGGAUCAGCGUCCGAUCCCUGCUUGUGCGGUUUUAAAAAUUGCGGAUGUCAAGUGGACGAGGUAUGCGUGAAAGAAUGUUUUUAUGGCCCGAUGGAGGCGUGGUGGUCGGAAGAGGAUCGGAAGAAAAUGGAGGAGGAGCAACGAGAGAAGACGAAGGAAGAAGAACCGAAACAGGAAGAGGAGUCGGAAGAGUCUGUUUCACCUUAUGGUGGGCCGUCGAAGAGAUACGUCGUGUUGAGGAGGUUGCCGACAAGAAAGAAACAACAAAAUGAAUUUAUUCAGAAAUUGCUGAAAGGUUUAGCAGAUGAUGGAUUUCCCUUAGCCAUGCUUCCAGAUUCUCAUAGAUUGCCGCACUUUUGGUUGUGGAUGCAGUUCAGAUUGAAGAAAAAAUGGAAUUAUGACGAUGCAGUGGAAAAUUACAGAAGGUGUCAGGUACUGUGGAAUCACAUUGCAAUAUGCAGAAGAAAAAUACCAUACCCUAAGCUUCCUGUACAUUGCGUAUGUGAAGCUAACAAUUAUACAUGGAGAGAGGCUCAAACGGUUUCGAGAAUUGUUGGUGAGACGAAAGAGAAGUUCUACAAUAAACUCAGGAGUAACAUGGUAGAUUAUGCAAGAGAAUUUUAUUCAACCAUAUCAGCGUAUCAGUAUCCUAAUCCUCCCUACUUAAAUCAUUAUUUCUUUGCAUAUCAACCAGGGAAAGUGGAGAAUGUAUUAGCUAAGUAUAUUUGGGAAGGUCAUGAACAUAAAAAUCCAGAAGAUUACAAAUCAUGUUUUUGCAAAUAAAUGAGAAAAAUAAAA